AUGCAGAGUAAUUUAUCGGGUCAAAAUACAGGAAUAGCCACUGGCGAAGAGUACUUAAUACGCCGGGAUAUAAUUUAUCGUCAAUGCGGUCAAUUCAACUACUACGACGCCCUAGAACUUACGCCUAGUUGCUCUCAGAAUGAUAUCAAAAAGCAGUAUUACAAACUGGCUAAAUUGUUACACCCGGAUAAAAGCAAAACCAUUGACUUCUCCGAUGCUAUGAGCUACAUAACUACUGCCUAUGAUGUGCUAUCGGAUGAAUGUCUGAGGGCCUACUAUGACUAUGAUAAUGGGCUAUACAUAGGGGGAGAAAUAGGGAAAUCAUCUUGUUUAGAGCGGGUUAAAUCGGCAGUUGCUGCCAAAAGGAAUGCCUAUCUAUCCAAAAAGAUCGAUUCAUACUGGGAAUACGUUGCAGAUAGAUGGGAAAAUGGAGGAUUAAUAAUCAAAAAGGCGCUAUAUGGUGAUCUAAGUGACCCAAGUAAGGCAAUAGAUGUAACUGUUGCGCUUCAGGAAAUGAUUGAAAAUGACGAAUUGCAUAUAAAUGAGAAUGAAAUCGUAUCUUUUCACACAUUGCCAGGGUUUUUCACUGAAAUACACGAUACUUUUAACACGCAGCUUUACAUAUUAUAUAUAUAUAUGAGGUGUGUCCACGAAACGACCGUUGCCAAUUACUCCAGAAUAAAUUUACCCCUAAAAGAACAUAAAGUCUAUUUUGGAUACAUUAGAGGACCUAACAAUUUCCUAUUUGAUGUAUGGCCCAAAGAUAAAUUGGAGGCAACUGCCCAAAUGGCCAAUAUAAUAUCAAGCUUCACCAGCCCAUAUAUCACAGCACUAACACUUGGUUUGGCACUGUUUAUGUUACAUAAAAGAUUGAAACAGUAA